AUGAGCCUGAUGCUGGAGACGCUGCUGGGCCCCCCGGGGGGGCUCCGCAAGGACCCCGGCCGCGCUGCCCAGCGCUCCGCCGCCUCCAGCGGGUUCCACUCGUGGUCGGUACCGGCGGUGGGGCGGACACGGGGGGGGCGGCGGCGGGGUGGGGGGGGCGGCAGCGCGGCCGCUUCUUCCACCGAGAGCCUGGACUCGGCGAACGGCGAACCGCGGGCGAGGAACGAGAAGGAGCUGCUGCAAGUGCUGAACGAUCGUUUCGCCGGUUACAUCGAGCGGGUGCGGGCGCUGGAGCAGCAGAACCGGGCGCUGGCGGCGGAGGCGGCGGCGCUGCGGCAGCAGCAGGCGGGGCGCUCGGCGAUGGGCGAGCUGUACGCGCGGGAGCUGCGGGACAUGCGGGGCACGGUGCUGCGGCUGGGAGCCGAGAAGGGGCAGCUGCGGCUGGAACGGGCGCGUCUGGCCGAGGACGUGUCGUUGCUGCGGGGGAGGCUGGAGGAGGAAGCCCGGCAGCGGGGGGAGCUGGAGGCGGCGGCCCGGGGGCUGGCGCAGCUCUCGGCUCAAGAGGAGCGGGCGCGGGGGCCGCUGGAGGAGCGAGCCCGGGCGUUGCGGGAGGAAGCGGAGCUGCUGCGGAGGCAGCACCGGGCGGAGGUGGGGGCGUUGCUGCGGGGGGCCCGCCCAGAGCCCCCCCCCGCCGACACCCCCGCCGCUCUGCGCCCCGGGGUCACCGCCGCCCUCCGAGACCUGCGCGCCCAGCUGGAGGGCACCACGGUCCGCAGCAGCCAGCAGGCCGAGGAGUGGUUCCGAGUGAGGCUGGACAAGCUGUCGGAGGUGGCCAAGGUGAACACGGACGCCAUGCGCGUGGCCCAGGAGGAGAUCUGCGAGUACCGGCGGCAGCUGCAGGCCAAGAGCACCGAGCUGGAAGCCCUGAAAGGGACCCAGGAGUCCCUGGAGAGGCAGCGGCAGGACUCGGAGGAGCGUCACCAGGCAGAUGUCCUGUCCUACCAGGAAACCAUCCAGCAGCUUGACAGCGAGCUGAGGAACACCAAGUGGGAGAUGGCAGCUCAGCUCCGGGAGUACCAGGAUCUGCUCAAUGUCAAAAUGGCCCUGGACAUCGAGAUUGCUGCCUACAGGAAGCUCUUGGAAGGGGAGGAAUAUCGGAUCGAGACAGGCUUUGGGAUGAUCUCCUUCCCUGAGGUGGUCCCCAAGGCUCCCAGCAUCACCACCAACAUCAAGGUGAAGAGUGAGGAGAAGAUCAAGGUGGUGGAAAAAUCUGAGAAGGAGACAGUGAUUGUGGAGGAGCAGACAGAGGAAAUCCAGGUGACCGAGGAGGUCACUGAGGAGGAUGAGGCUGAGAAAGAGGCAGAGGAGGAGAAAGGUGAGGAGGAGGAAGAAGAGGAGAAAGCUGAAGAGGGGGAGGAGGAAAAAGAGGAGAAAGCUGAAGCUGAGGGUGAAGAGGAGGCCGAGUCCCCAGAAAAACCCAAGUCCCCCUCAAAGGAGGAGGCCAAAAUCCCGGCUGUCAAGUCCCCUGAAAAGCCAUCAACCCCCUCCAAGGAGGAGGCCAAGACCCCAGCUGUUAAGUCCCCAGAGAAACCUGCAACACCCUCAAAAGAGGAGGCCAAGAGUCCAGCUGUCAAAUCACCAGAAAAGCCUGCACCCCCCUCCAAGGAGGAGGCCAAGACCCCAGUGGUCAAGUCCCCAGAGAAACCUGCACCUCCCUCAAAGGAGGAGGCCAAGACCCCAACUGUCAAGUCCCCUGAAAAGCCACCAAGUCCCACAAAGGAGGAGGCCAAGGGCCCAACUAUCAAGUCCCCAGAAAAACCCUCAGCCCCCUUGAAAGAGAAGGCCAAGACCCCAGCUGUGAAGUCCCCAGAGAAACCUGCACCUCCUUCAAAGGAGGAGGCCAAGACCCCAACUGUGAAGUCCCCAGAGAAACCCCCAACCCCCUCAAAGGAGGAGGCCAAGACCCCAGCUGUGAAGUCCCCUGAAAAGGUGAAGUCUCCUGCAAAGGAGGAAGCCAAGUCUCCACAGAAGGAAACAGCCCCAGCCAAGGAGCCCACUCCCUCCCCUCCAAAGGAGCCCAAAGCCCCUGCAAAGGAAGAGAAGCCCAAGGAGGUGAAGGCUCCCUCCAAGCCUGGAGCUGAGGAGGGCAGGAAAGAGGAAGCUCCCAAGAAGGAUAUCCCAGCCAAGGUGGAGGAGAAGCCCAAAGAGAAGACAGACACUGUGCCAGAGGUGAAGGAGACCACCAAGCCAGGCCCCAAACCUGCAGAAGGAGGAAAAGUCGAGAAGGAAGUUCCACCAAAACCUCAGCAGGAGGCUGAGAAGCUGAAGGAGAAGGUAGAGGAGCCCAAGAAGGAGAAGGUAGAGGAGCCCAAGAAGGAGAAGGUAGAGGAGCCCAAGAAGGAGAAGGUAGAGGAGCCCAAGAAGGAGAAGGUAGAGGAGCCCAAGAAGGAGAAGGUAGAGGAGCCCAAGAAGAAGGCAGAUGAGGCCAAGAAGGCAGAGGAGCCCAAGAAGGAGAAGGCAGAAGAGCCCAAGAAAGUGGAGGAGCCCAAGAAGAAGGCAGAAGAGCCCAAGAAGCUAGAGGAGCCCAAAGCUAAAGCAAAAUCCAAAGAUGAGCCCAAAGCCAGUAAGGAGCCCCCCAAGGCUGAGGCCUCCUCUGGCAAGGAGGCCAAAGCCCCAGCACCCACGGGGGGGAGGAAAUGAGGGGAGCCCCAUGGGAGCAGCCCCCCGGGGCCGGGCUUUCCCGUAGCAAUACGUCCGUGCCGGAGCCACGGCCCCUCCAGCCCCGGGGCCAGCAGCUUCCCUGCCAGAAUGUGCCCCACGCUGAGAGCCACAGUUAAACACUUGAAUUCAACCCGAGGAGAGGACCCCCCCCCCACCCCGGGGAACACCCCCCCACACCCUCCCACCCCUCCUCCAAUAAGUGCAUUUAUUUAAUGUAUGUGCAAGGGAUGGAUGAACGCAACGCAGAAGCUCUAGCUGCUUGGGAUGGGGGCUGGCAGGGUCCUCGGGGGUCUUCUGCCCUGGGGGGUGACACUUGUGCCCCCCCCGGGGGUGAGGCAGGCACGCUCACAGCCCCACGGAGCACCAGGAACCUCAGCCCACUCUUUGCUUUCUGUGCAAUAACCAAAUAAAGUGCUUAC